AUGCUCGACAAGCCUCUUCCUCCUUCGCGGGGAUCCACUCCAUCGUUACUUCUCAAGGCAGAGAUCGAACACCUGCGGCAGCUUCUCGUCCACUACCAUGAGGAGAUCAGAGCAACGAAGGAACUAGUGAAGGGUACAUCUCAAGGGCUGGAACAGGCGGAGCUGUCAUUCUUCAAGAUGAAAGAAGAGGAGAUGCGGAUUCAGGGAGAGUGCGAUGCAUCUAUGGCGACAGAUACCCGCAUAGCUAGAGGCAUCUGGAGAGGAUGUACAUGCCCGUCACACCAGGCUAUCUACAACGGCUGGCCAACACACAACGCUGACCUAACAAUCGCUCAAUGUAUGAGAACAUGCAUGUACUGCUGA